GACUGUGUGCAGAGCAGCCCUGCCUCUCCCUCACUGAUGCGGUGUCUACGCUGCCUUAUGUCCGCUAUAUAAAGUGCACACAGCCGGCAGAGCUCACAGCUCCAGUGGACUGUUCCGUGGUGCUGAACUCUCUCACACACUCUCUGCAACAUGACUGGAACCAUGGACGGAUUCUCGUGGAAACUUUUUAUACUUUCUUGCCUGGUUGUUGUGCAGAGCUCGGCGCAAGACUUCGGACAGACGCAGUUUAUUUGCACGUCGGUGCCCAAGGAUAUGGACUUGUGCGCGGCCACGAUGCAGAACAGCGGGCCGGCGGAGGACCUGAAGGCCACGGUCUUGCAGCUGCGGGAGACCGUGCUGCAGCAGAAGGAGACCAUCAUGAACCAGAAGGAGACAAUCAGGGAACUAACGUCCAAGUUGAGCCGCUGCGAGAGCCAGAGCCUCCCGGCGGCGGGACCCGGCGGGAGGCGGCCCGGGGUGAAGAACACGAUGGGGGAUGUAUCCCGGGGCACCACGGACACCCUGGCCCAGCUGGGGCAGACUUUACAGACGCUCAAACAGAGACUGGAGAAUCUAGAGCAGUACAGCCGAGGGAACAACACCGUGCAGGCGAACAGCCUCAAAGACCUGCUCCAGAACAAGAUAGACGAUAUGGAGAAGCAGGUUCUGUCCCGGGUCAACACGAUAGAGGAGACCAAACCGACCGUCAGGAACGAGACCGACCAGCGGAACAGAGUGGAGUCCACGCUUACCACUCUGCACCACCGCAUCACAGACCUGGAGAAAGGUAAAGAAACCAGGCCCACAGAUAAGUUUCAGCUCACCUUCCCCCUGAGAACCAACUACAUGUACGCCAAAGCCAAGAGGAGCCUCCCUGAGAUGUACUCCUUCAGCGUGUGUCUGUGGAUCAAGUCCAACGCCUCCCCCGGGGUGGGGACGCCCUUCUCCUACGCCGUGCCGGGCCAGACCAACGAGCUGGUGCUGAUUGAGUGGGGGAACAACCCCAUGGAGAUCCUCAUCAAUGACAAGGUUGCAAAGCUGCCGUUCCUCAUCAACGACGGGAAAUGGCAUCACCUGUGCAUCACGUGGACCACCCGGGACGGGAUGUGGGAAGCCUUCCAGGACGGGGUGAUGCGGGGAAGUGGAGAAAACCUGGCACCGUACCACCCCAUCAAACCAGAGGGGGUGCUGGUCCUGGGACAAGAGCAGGACACGUUGGGCGGGGGCUUUGAUGCGACGCAAGCUUAUGUUGGUGAACUAGCAAACCUAAAUAUCUGGAAUAGGAAACUUUCCAUCGCCGAGAUCUACAACUUGGCGACCUGCAACAGCAAAGCACCGGCCGGCAAUGUGUUCUCCUGGACGGAGAGCAACAUCGAAAUAUUUGGCGGCACGACCAAAUGGACCUUCGAGCCGUGCCGUUCGCUCAACUGAACUGCAAGAGAGGCCUCUCUGUAUUUCUGAGCUUUUGUCGUUCUUGUCUUCAUUUGACGUUCGUUAGAGACUAUUUCAGUUAUAUUGGUAAGCUUAAAUCUGGGAUUUCUAUCAUUCUUAGGUAUUUAUGUGCACUUUUCAUCUUGAGGAAAAAAAAUAUCGUCUUGGAAGCCUCGGUGAGAAGGUUUUUGUUCCUCCUUUUUUUCUUGGGCGUUCAGUUGAAAGCACACCUAAGCUUUUUCGUUUGGCUGACUUGGACUGGCAGCUGGCAAUCUGCGCCUUAUGUUCGGACAAUUCACAAUCCAAGAGAGGAAUUACAUAACCGCCGCCCCCCCCCCCCCCCCCCCCCCCUCUCUCCUACUUCCCUCCGGAAAGUGGGAGAUUACGCUGUCCAUCCAAUUAUUGUCAGUGUUUGGCGCUGUGAAGUGAUGUCUGGUGCGGUACAGCACCCUGCAAACCCCUCUCUGACCCUAACCCCCGACCCCCCUUUCUCCUUCACUGGCCCCGCCCCCUCCGGAACUUGCACUGUGACUGACUCCAGGAGAAGGAGGGUAUGUUGAAGGACACUGCAAAGUCAGACUCUGGUACAAGUCAAUUUGUAGUCGUUGUUCGCUUCAAGUGUUUCUGUAAGAAUGUCGUUAAACUUGCCAACAUUGCUACAAAGCCUGGGUGCCUUGGGCUGGUUCAAAUCUUCAGCACAUUCAGUAUGUUCUCAGUUGCAAAUUCAAUGUUUUAUUGGUUUCUGUUUUCCUUUCUGAGCUGGGUUGAGUUUCCUGUUUCUCUGGUAAAUGUAAUUUGAUUACAGUUUGUUAUCUGACAUGACGUGUUUUGGCAGGUGUUUGUACUACUCUGUAUAAGGAAUGUUACAGUGUGUGUAUAGUAACAGCAUGAAUGACGAGUGCUGUGAAAGUAUUGUUGAAAUCUGCUUUACUAUCUUCUCUGGGUCCGGGUUUUUUACUGUAUUGUUAUAUGCUCCAAGCAUGGCAAAACUGAGAGAUGAAGAAUUUAAUUUUUGUAAUAAAAUUGUGAUACUUAAUGUCACAGUGGAUUCCUGGCUUUGGUUAUGUGCAUGUGAACAUGUGUAGAGCGAGUGCAUGAGAGUUAAAACCUUUUUAAACAAGGGGCAUCUGACAGAAAGACAAGGAAGGCAGUGAAGGUCACAAAGAGGGCACUUGAGAACAGAAAUUGUGUGUGUGUGUGUGUGUGUUGUCUCUUUUUUAGCUGACUGCAGAAGAUAACUCACUCACUGCUUUGUUGUUGCUGCUGUGAGAUGCCUGCACUAAACACAGCGAGGCUCACAGAGGAAAAAAUGCUUUGUCAUAGUGGCCUUUCAAUGGCCAAGUUCAAGAGUGUAGUUUAAAGUAAAACUGCAGCUCCUUAAGUUAGACUUUUAGUUGGUUCACUCAGACCUGUUGCAGCAAACAUUUAAAUAAUGAAGAUACCUUAUUCACAUUUCUGAAUCAGAAUAACAUGAUUGGAUCUUCUGCUAUUAGACCUACUUUUUUUGUUUUACCAUGAAACAUUUCAGAAAAGCUCCUCACGAUGAGCUGAAGUUAUCUUUGUUUUUCAACACGUAUUUUCCUCAUUAAGAAAAAAUCUUAAAUGUUAAUCACGUCAUGUCGUGCUGAGUAAUUUCUGCUCAUACACACAACAUUUUGUCUUAUUCCCAUUCUGAUUAAUCUAAAGAGGUGCAACUCCUGCGUGUUCUGCUUAUGAAUAAAUGCAUUGAGCCUUGA